UCGGUAACUUGACGCGGAAAUUUCGCUUCGAUUUCCGUCAGUGUUUUAUGGUCACCAGUGCCAUGAAAACUGCUAUCAUUCUGCUUCUAGCCCUUAGGGCCUGUGCUGCUGAGCCUCCUCCCCGAACUCUCAACUCAUUGUGCUCCUACUUAGAUGAUGGAAAGGAAACUGUUUCGAGUCUGGGCAACACCAAGAAGUGUUUUGCUCGUUACCUACCGGAACUGGAGAGUGAAGGGGCUACCUGGUCGCAAGGAUAUAAUGCGUGUCAAAAGUGUACCAUUACCGAGCGGCUGUCCUUGCUAACGGAUGCCACUGGGGCUCAGGAGGAGAUUCGAGAGGCUGCCCUGGGCAUCUCAUCAUUCAUUGAUCAGUGUUUGGCCCUGACGGAGUCCCUGGACUUUUUCAACUGCUUUGCCAAAAUGGCUAAGCUACAGUUGGCGAAUGUCUACAGUAUUUCAUUUAAUGCCACCGAGCAGGCUUUAAUACUAAAUAAGAAGUUAAGUAGAAUCGAAUUGGAGCACUAUCGCUGCACAAAUCAAACCGAACAAAAUUAUGUGAAAGGAACCGAUACAAUCUUUCGAUCCUUGGAUCAGUGUCUGCAGCUAAAUGAUACACAUUGAAUUGAACAUUAAUAAAUAUUUAUUGUACUUCCAUGUAUAAUAGAA